AGAGGCCCGAGCCACAGCAUGAGCUCGGCCCGCAAUGUGAUCACCGUAUUCCAUGCUUAGCAGAUGCUCCGCUGCUUCCGCGUGUCUUCGGUGCUCUGUGGCCUUCUGAGACUGCGAGCAGCUUUAGCACUGCAAGUCUCGCCCGAGGAUUAUGAAAAUGGUGAGAUGCCGAUAGGCGUCUACAAUGGCACUUACGGCUAUCUGCCCUGGGGGCACGAUCCUUCCGACCACCGAUCGUCCGUUCAGAAUACGAGCGCCUCGAAACGGCAGCGACAUCUACCAAUUCGUGCGGCAGCUCAAGGGCCGCAGGUAUUUCAAUUCCGCCUACCGGUUCUCAAUCCCGGAGGUCAGGUAUAACCCGUCGCUCGUUGUGCUGCCAGACACCGUUGCACGACGACUCGGCAAUGGAGCCUACUACUUGGCCACCUUCAGGCACAAUUACGGCCAGUGCCGAAGAAUGGCGGCGAGCAUCCCCACCGUCAACCGCUCCGACCACAAGGCGUUCACGACGGUGGCUGUGCUCGAUCGAGAAUUUCGGCUACGUUGCCUCGGAGCCGAUUUCCGGCAGCGACUGCAGACUGUUUGUCGACGGCGAGCUCGUGUACAUCACGCGAGGUUUCUCCACGGUGCACUUGGAAGGCCGAGUGCAGGAUCACCAAGGGCACCACGGACCUGACCUCCAAGAGCGCAGAGGAAGCAUGGAGCUGCGUCUCGACGGAGGUGCCCUCUGGGUGAGUUUCACCUCGGACCGAGAGCUGUCCCAGAGUGACGACCGGAACUUCGGCCUGUUGAAGCACGGAGGAAAGCUCCAGGUGCUCAGGUGGCCCGGGGAGACGAUGGACGUGCGCGCCAUGCGCCUGGCCCCCCCGCAGAAGCCUCGCGCCGACGCCACGGACGAAGAGCUGGCCGCGUUCGCCGGGUUCCACAACAGCGUGAACCCACUGGAGCCCUGGUUGCCGCAGCCGGGGGGCAACGUCAUAGGGGAACAAAAAUCCUUCGCCUGCCAAUGGGGGCCACCUCUUUGGGAGUCAAGACAAGGUGAGCUAGCUCACUUGUGUUAGCCAUAUUCGGGCCCGCAUGUGUUCCCAAGCAGAUGGGAUCCUGGGCUGGCCCUCAGUCAUGCAUGUGGGGAUCCUUCGCCCAGGCCAGCGUGUUCCCCGCAUGAUCCUUCUGCUUGCCCUUCGCUGCCUCUGACCCCGAGAAGUCUGCCCUGCAACUCGCGGGCGAAUGAGUCCAGGGGGGGGGGAAUGGGCUCGGGCGGAAGGUUUGAGGCUUGAGGUCUUCCAGCGUUGUCGUCGGCCCUCGACGGUCCUCCGGCCUCGGGAUGCCCUCCAGCCGCUGCGCCUCGCUGAGGGCGCUCCGCGGGGGCCGCGGCCGCCAGCCUCCACAGUGAGCGUGCGCCCGCUGGAGCCCGGCGGCCGCAGUCGGGGGCAACGUCGGGGCACAUGUGCGCGGGUUUCGGAGGUGUUCGGGCUUUUUCUGACUCUUCUGAGGUUUUUCUGAGGUUGUCGGGUUUGUUUUCCGGAUGUUUUUCGGGUUGUUCGGAGGUUUUCGG